UAUUUUAUUUUUCUCUCUCAUCAAAUAUAAUUUUCUUCUUUCUGAAGCAUUCGAUUUGCUGAUAGAUUGCUUUACGGCGGCUCAAACUUUGUGGGAUUUCAUCUGUAUGAAUGGCAGCGGAGCCAUUGUUGGCCCCUCCUCAAGCUCCUCGUGAUUUCACUCUCAAAAUCCCUCGAUCCUUGAAAAGAAACGAUAUUAAACCACAUCCUCCAGUAAUCUACGAAGAUAUUGAAGACGGCCCACUUAGUGAUGAUGAUCUUGUUGAUACUGUUUCCCCUCCCCCGGGACCCUCCUCCUCGUUUCAACGGAAGAAAAUUCAGCGGUGCAAGACUGCCCCGGCAAUGUCUGUAAUGAAGGAUCUCCAGUCUGACCAUGCCCAAGAUCCUGAUUUUGAGACACAGUCUGUUUCUUUAGUCAGGCAGGCUGCUGUUUUGCUUUUAAUUUACUUGGCACUUGGUCUUGUUAUUUAUUCCCUCAAUCGUGAUAAUUUCUCUGGUGUUGAGACUCACCCCGUGGUGGAUGCCUUAUAUUUUUGUAUUGUCACUAUGUGCACCAUAGGAUAUGGGGAUAUCGCCCCGUUAACGCCGGCCACAAAAGUUUUUGCUUGUGUUUUCGUGUUGGUGGGUUUUGGGUUCAUCGACAUACUGUUGAGUGGGGUUGUUAAUUAUGUGCUUGACUUGCAGGAGAGCGUGAUAUUGGCCGGAAUUCAAGCACAUAAACAGGAUCAACAAAAAGAACAUGGUAGAUUUUCUGCCAGGGAUUAUAUAGUGGAUGUGGCUAAGGGCAGAAUGAGAAUCAGACUGAAAGUGGGAUUGGCAUUGGGAGUGGUUGUGCUCUGUAUUGGAAUUGGGGCUAUGGUUUUGUACUUUGUGGAACAUUUGGAUUGGGUGGAUUCUGUAUAUUUAUCGGUUAUGUCUGUUACCACGGUCGGGUAUGGGGACAGAGCAUUCAAGACUUUGCCAGGGAGGUUGUUCGCGUCGAUUUGGCUAUUGUUCUCCACACUGGCGGUUGCACGAGCUUUUCUGUAUUUGGCGGAGGCCAGGAUGGACAAGAGGCACAGGAAAAUUACUAAUUGGGUGUUGCAUCGCAAAAUAACAGUUGAGGACCUGGUUGCUGCUGAUAUCAAUAACAAUGGUUUCAUUAGUAAAUCGGAAUACAUUAUUUACAAGCUCAAAGAGAUGGGUAAGAUCAGGGAAAAAGAUAUAAUCCAGAUAUGCGAGCAGUUCAGCAAGCUUGACCCAAAUAACUCUGGGAAGAUUUCGUUGCCUAAUCUCUUGGAGAGUCACUUGUAGCAUAGAGUCCGCCACAAAUAUUCUUCUCACCAAGUGGUACCAGGUAGUUCAGUGUCUGGAUUUCUUCCCACAAAUUUCAAUACAGUUUCACGAAAUAUUGGCAGGGUAUUGAUUUGAGGCUAAGCUGUUCCACGAGGAGCAUUUCUGGGCUGUAAUAUAUAUAUACACUUCAUGGGAUAUUGGAGCUGGUGGUGGAUUCUUUUUGGACAUUUGGAUAUAUCUUAUAAUGAUUAAAAAAGGAGAAAUGUGAGAUGAACUUAGAUUAAUUGCUGCAGUUUUCUUGUUAUUUCCGUUGAACCAAACGACUGAACGGUUAAUAUCUUGGCAGUGCUGUAGAAAGCUUAAAUAUGUUAUGCU